AUGCGCGCCCUCGCGCGCGCGCCCCAGGGCGUCGCGCGCGUGGAAUCGUGGAAUCCAUCGACCCGGCGGCGCGCGCGACGGGCGUGGACGUCGCGACCGACGCGGCGUCGCGCGGCGUCCACGCGCGACGACGACGACGGGCGCGAGGUCGAGGACGAGUUCGAUCGCUUCGCGCGCGCGGUGGAGCGCGCGGGAGGGACGACGACGACGCACGCGCUCGGGACGCUCGCGCGCGCGCUCGGGACGUCGAGCGACGGCGUCUUGGCGAGCGCCUUUGUCGGGUGCGCGACGUCGCACGGGCGCUACGCCGCGCGGGCGGAGAUUCGAUCGAUCGAUAAGACGAUUGAACGAUACGAUGGACGCGUGCGAGAGACGCUGGCGCGGGCGCGGGCGUCGUUGGAGGGGGGGGGGGCGAGCGCGCGGGCGCGAGCGUGCGGCGAACGCGUGCGCGAGGCUGAAAAGGCGACGUCGGCGCUCGUUCGGGCGACGUUAGGGGAGAACGCGCUUGAGGAGAGGGAUUUACUCUCGAGUGGGGCGAUCGGGGGGGGAGGGGUCCCGCGCGCGGCGACCGGGGCGAUCGCGGAGGCGGUUCCAGAGAAGUGGCGAAUGGCGUGCGCGAACGCGGGGGCGUUUGUGGAAUUACGAGGCGCGACGUUGAGCGUUGAAGAGUGGGCGGCGAUUCGGACUGUGUUCGAAGCUAUCGUACGCGUCAUGGAUGGCGACGAGGCGAGCGCGAAUUUGGUCGGAGACGCCAAGGUUUGGACGGCGAUGAAGUCGCUCAUUGACGACUCCACGACGCGACCGAGGCGGUUGUCCCAGGUGGAGAACAACGCGAGAUACCAGAGCGCGCUGAGCGAGCUCGACGAGGCGAAAAAGGCUUGGAAGGAAGCAGAUAAGGCGUAUAAACUCGCUCGACAGCGCGUGAAGCGAGCUAGGCACGACGUGCAUCGCACGCGAAAGGCGGUUCGCAUCGAGUACCGAUAG